AGUUCGGGCUCUCCAACUCGGCGGCGAUCCGGGCCGAGAUCGGGCGCUUCGAGUCGGUGCACCCCAACAUCUACGCCAUCUACGACCUCAUCGAGCGCGUGGAGGACCUGGCGCUGCAGAGCCAGAUCCGCGAGCACGUCAUCUCCAUCGAGGAUUCGUUUGUGAACAGCCAGGAAUGGACCCUGAGUCGCUCGGUGCCUGAGCUGAAGGUGGGCAUCGUGGGGAACCUGUCCAGCGGCAAGUCGGCCCUCGUGCACCGCUACCUGACUGGCACCUACGUGCAGGAGGAGUCUCCAGAGGGUGGCCGAUUUAAGAAGGAGAUUGUAGUGGAUGGUCAGAGUUACUUGCUGCUGAUUCGAGAUGAAGGGGGUCCCCCCGAACUCCAGUUUGCUGCCUGGGUCGAUGCUGUGGUGUUUGUCUUCAGCCUGGAGGACGAGAUCAGCUUCCAGACAGUCUACAACUACUACCUGCGGCUCUGCAGCUACCGGAACACAGCGGAGGUGCCGAUGGUGCUGGUGGGCACACAGGAUGCCAUCAGUGCCACGAACCCCCGGGUCAUUGAUGAUUCUCGGGCACGGAAACUUUCCAAUGAUUUGAAGCGCUGCACGUACUACGAGACCUGUGCCACCUAUGGACUGAACGUGGAGAGAGUCUUCCAGGAUGUGGCUCAGAAGGUGGUGGCUCUACGGAAGAAACAGCAGCUUUCCAUCGGCCCCUGCAAGUCCCUGCCCAAUUCACCCAGCCAUUCGUCUGUCUCUGCGGCCUCCAUUCCUUCCGUUCAUAUCAACCAGGCCACCAAUGGUGGAGGAGCCUUCAGUGACUACUCCUCCUCUGUGCCCUCCACACCUAGCAUCAGCCAGCGGGAGCUGCGGAUUGAGACCAUUGCUGCCUCCAACACACCCACCCCCAUCCGCAAGCAGUCGAAGCGACGCUCCAACAUAUUCACGUCUCGAAAGGGCGCGGAUCCGGAGCGGGAGAAGAAGGUGCCAGAGUGUAAAGCGGACAGUAUCGGCAGCGGGCGGGCCAUUCCCAUGAAGCAGGGCAUUCUCCUCAAACGCAGUGGCAAGUCUCUCAACAAGGAGUGGAAGAAGAAGUACGUGACGCUGUGUGACAACGGAGUCCUCACCUACCACCCCAGCCUGCAUGAUUACAUGCAGAAUGUCCACGGGAAGGAGAUCGAUCUGCUGAGAACUACAGUGAAGGUACCGGGCAAGCGGCUACCCAGGGCAACAACGGCAGCAGCACCCAGCGCUAGCCCCAAAGCCAAUGGGCUCGCGAAGGAGAGGAGCAGCACGCAGCUGACGGGAGGCACAGGUGCUCCCCACUCAACCAGCAGUACCUCCCUGCACUCAGAGCGCUCCAUCAGCGGCAUCAACCUGGUGGGCUUCAGCUCAAAGCCAGACGGCAUGCACCAGCGCUCCUACUCCGUCUCCAGCGCAGACCAGUGGAACGAGGCUGUGGCUAUCCCUGGCAGCUGCCCCAACCCCUCUAACGGUACUGCCGAUUCUCUCAGCUCCAGCCCAAACAUUUCCAGUGCUGCCAGCCCGAAGCUGGAGCCACCUCCAUCACCACAUGCGAACAGGAAGAAGCAUCGCAGGAAAAAGAGCACAGGGACGACCCGGCCUGAUGGCCCCAGCACAGCAGCAGAAGAACCAGAUGAGCCAUUUGAGUUCAUUAUCGUGUCCCUGACGGGCCAGACGUGGCUCUUUGAGGCCUCAACGUCAGAGGAGCGAGAGCUUUGGGUCCAGGCCAUUGAAAGCCAGAUCCUGGCCAGCCUGCAGGGCUGUGAGAGCAGCAAAAAUAAGGCUCGGCUGGGCAGCCAGAGCGAUGCGCAGGCCAUGCAGGCCGUCCGCACCGCACGUGGGAACAGCUUCUGUGUGGACUGCGACGCACCAAAUCCGGACUGGGCAAGUCUGAACCUGGGCUCCCUCAUGUGCAUUGAGUGCUCUGGGAUCCAUCGCAACCUGGGCACCCACCUGUCCCGCGUGCGCUCCUUGGACCUGGACGACUGGCCUAGUGAGCUUCUCAUGGUCAUGACAGCCAUCGGCAAUGCCCUGGCCAACGCUGUCUGGGAAGGAGCGGUGGAAGGCUACCCCAAGCCCACCCCUGACAGCAGCCGGGAGGAGAAGGAGCGCUGGAUCCGGGCCAAGUAUGAGCAGAAGCUCUUCCUGGCUCCGCUGCCCCAGUCGGACAUCCCGCUGGGCCAGCAGCUGCUGCGGGCUGUGGUAGAGGAUGACCUGCGCCUUGUGGUGACGCUCCUGGCCCAUGGCACCAAGGAAGAAGUGAAUGAGACCUAUGGUGAUGGAGAUGGGCGCACGGCACUGCAUCUCUCCUGCGCCAUGGCCAACGUAGUCUUCACACAGCUGCUCAUCUGGUACGGGGUGGAUGUGAAGAGCCGGGACGCUCGGGGCCUGACCCCGCUGGCCUACGCCCGGCGAGCCGGCAGCCAGGAGUGCAUCGACAUCCUGCUGCAGCACGGAUGCCCCAGUGACAGUGCCGUCACCACGCUGACCCCCAGCCUGUCCCGCCGCAACACCAACGCCAACAACAAUGCCUGCACCGUGGUGCCAGCUGAGCUCGGCUCCAGCCCCAGUGCUGUCUAG